AUGUUCACUCCAAGCGCCGCAUGGAGCAAUCUGCUCGUGUCAGCUAUCGCCCUUGCUCCUCUCGCAUCGGCGGUGCCCUGCUCAUCAUGCUCUCCCACGCCCUCCACCUCUCCUAAUUCAACCAUUCUGCCUUACCUGAAUUCUCAGCUCUGUAUCCAAGACCGCCUCGAUGACUUGCUCUCCCGCAUGACGCUUGAAGAGAAGGCCGGCCAGCUGUUCAUCAAGCAGAUCCCCGCUGGCAUCAAUGGAACAAUAGACAGCACAACUCUCGUCCUGGACCAAGGAAGGAAUCUUACCACUGCCCCUUUGAUCAACGAGAAACUGCUCUCACACUUUAACGUCAACAAUGCCCUUCCAGCAAAGCAGAUGGCAGAAUGGUACAACAGGAUCCAGCGACUUGCCUUGGAAACACGACUACAAAUCCCAGUCACCAUUGCUAGUGAUCCCCGACAUGCAUUUGCAGAUACUGUUGGCUCUUCGAUUGCAAGCGGCCAAUUCUCAAAGUUCCCCGAGAGUCUGGGAAUCGCCGCUCUGCGCUCUCCAGAACUCGCCGAGCAGUACGCCACUAUUAUCAGAGAAGAAUAUCUCGCCGUAGGCAUUCGCUCGGCGCUUCAACCUCAGAUUGAUGUGGUGACCGAGCCAAGGAUGGCCAGAUCCGGACAGACUUUUGGCGAAGACGCUAAUUUGACUGCCUCCAUGGUUGUUGCGCUCAUCAAGGGUUUCCAGGGUACUGAGUUGGGACAUACCUCUGUCACUACCGUGACGAAGCAUUUCCCUGGCGCUGGACCCGCGAGAAACGGCAAUGACUCUCACUUUGCGACUGGAAAAGACAACACUUACUUCGGAGACUUCUUGAACUACCAUCUGAUUCCUUUCAGAGCAGCUAUCGCAGCAGGUGGACGUCAGAUUAUGCCUUCUUAUGCGAGACCUAUUGGCACCAAAUAUCCAGAAGUAGCUUUUGGUUUCAACAAGCCUGUCAUUACUGGAUUGCUGAGGGAAGAGUUGGGCUUCGAAGGCAUUGUGGUCAGCGACUGGGGCUUGAUUACUGAUCAAGCAAUCAUCGGAGUUAUCGAACCUGCUCGCGCAUGGGGAGUCGAGAACACGACCGAGCUGGAAAGAGCAAAGAUGGUCCUCGAUGCCGGUGUUGAUCAAUUCGGCGGUGAGAUUCGCACCGAACUCAUCGUACAGCUCGUCAUUGAAGGUCACGUCCCCGAGUCACGUCUCGACGUCUCUGUCAGAAAACUUCUCGAGGAGAAGUUUCUGCUCGGACUUUUCGACAAUAGAUUUGUGGAUGCAGAAGCUGCGGAAAGAGUGGUAGGAAACCCAUACUUUGCACGUAUCGGCAAUGAAACACAAAGAAGAGCCUACACACUCCUCACCAACAAACAAGAUAUCCUCCCCUUACGACCUACCGAUGGCAAUAAGUUCUACGCUCAAGGCUUCAACAGCUCAUACCUAUCAGCACGUAACCUCACUGUCGUCGACAGCCCCGAGAAAGCAGACUUUUGUUUUCUCCGCACAGCCACACCUUGGGAAGCCCGCGGCUCUCCCUUCCGCCAACGCUACCAUGAAGGCCGUCUUGACUUCAACGCCACAGAACGCGCCGCCCACAGCGCUCUUUUCAACUCUUGCCCCACCAUCGUGGACAUCCUUCUCGAUCGCCCUGCUGUGAUUCCUGAGAUUGCUGAAGAGGCUGCGGCGCUAUUCGGGCACUAUGGAGCUAGUGUGGAUGCGUUUUUGGAUGUCGUGUUCAACAAGGAUGGAUGGAAGCCAGAGGGAAGACUGCCAUUUGAGAUGCCGAGGAGCAUGGAGGCCGUGGAGGAGCAGGUUGCUGAUGUGCCGUUUGAUACUGUGGAUCCUUUGUUCAGGUUCGGACACGGAUUAAACUAUACUAGACCUGCUUUGUGUAGUUGA